AUGCCUGACUUGCCCAGGCCCAUCCGCGUCGGAAUCCUCGGCUUGUCGGCCAGGGGAAGCUGGGCCGUCGCCUCCCACCUGCCCGCGCUGCAGUCGCUGCCGGAGAGCUACACCAUCGUCGCCGUGUGCAACUCGUCCGAGGCGUCGUCGCAGGCGGCCAUCAAAGCAUACGGCCUCCCCGCCGCCACCAGGGCCUACGGCUCGCCCGAGCAGCUGGCCGAGGACCCGGACGUCGACCUCGUCGUGUGUUCCACCAACGUGGUCCUGCACAGGCAGACGCUGCUGCCGAGCAUCAGGAAGGGCAAGGCGGUGUUUUGCGAGUGGCCGCUCGGGCGGAACCUGGCCGAGGCCGAGGAGCUGCUCGACGAGCUCAAGAGGCACAACGGCAGCGACGUGAGCCGGUCCGUCAUAGGCCUGCAGGGCAGGUACUCGCCCAUAGUCAAGACGCUGUCCGACCUGCUCUCUUCGGGACGCGUCGGCAAGCUGCAGCGGACCAGCUUCUCGGCCCCGGCGGGCUACUGCGGUGACGAGGGGCUAGAGGAGCACGAGUACUUUUUCCGCGAGGCCGACGGCGGCAACCUCGUGACCAUCUUCUUCCUGCACCUCAUCGAAUCGGUGCUGUCCGGGCUCGGAGGCAGAGAGUUUGCGCACUUCGACGUCGUGCUGGGCGGCAGGGGCGGCGAGGUUCAACUCAAGAACAGGGACGGCGGCGUGGUGCGGACCAUCGUGCGGGAGACGCACAAGAGCGUGGCGAUCCAGGGCGUGCUCGACGACGGUUCCGAGCUGAGCCUGCAGCUGUGGGGAGGAAAGGGCGCGCCGGGCGACAAGGAGGCCAUGUACUGGCGCGUGGUGGGAGACAAGGGGGAGGUCCGGGUGCGAGGCACGGGGCCGAAUCUUCAAAUGGGCGGCGACGAAGUCAGCAUCAGCGUCUUGGACUACGCCUCUAGUGAGGUAGAGGAGGUGGCCUUGUCGGCGGAGGAGCUGAAGCCGGUCCAGGCUGGGAACGUGGCUAGGCUGUAUGCAAAGUUCGCCGAGGGUCGAGUCGGCGAGUAUCCCGACUGGGAGUGGGCUGUCAAACGGCACAUGCUGAUCGACAAGAUGUAUAAAAAGAACGCAGCCCGCAGCUAA